CGGGGAUAUCCGUGAACAGCGGAGAGAAGGAGCGUGCCAGGGCCGCUUCCCGCCGGGCGUUCGGGCCCCUCGCUUACCUUCUCCACUGCCGACGUCCGGCGGCGGCGCCUGCAGCACCCGCUCCAGCUCAGGGAACGGCAACUCAGAGUUCAGUUAAGUUCCUUAUGUCCUCCCCUGAAAUUGCUUCCCUAUCAUGGGGGCAAAUGAAAGUACAAGGCUCUACUAAAACCUAUAAGGACUGCAAAGUGUGGCCAGGGGGAAGUCGGGCUUGGGACUGGAGAGAAACAGGAACUGAGCAUUCUCCUGGUGUGCAGCCUGCAGAUGUGGAGGAAGUUGUUAAGAAGGGUGUGCAGACUCUUGUGAUUGGCCGAGGGAUGAGUGAGGCCUUGAAGGUGCCUCCGUCAACUGUGGAGUACCUCGAGAAACAAGGCAUUGAUGUGCGGGUCCUCCAGACAGAGCAGGCAGUGAAGGAGUAUAAUGCCUUGGCUGCCCGAGGAAUCAGGGUGGGAGGGGUCUUCCAUUCCACGUGCUGAUGGAGCCUUAAGGAGAAUAAAUCACUAAGCCACAA